AUGUCAACUUGCCAGUUGAAAAUGUCUCAAAGUUUCUCAUUUGUCUCGACGCCCCCUUCAAAUCCCGGAAAACCCGAUAAUUUCCAUUCUGCCCUGAAUGAGCAGCCGCAUGCUUCAUCUUUGCUGGCUGCCACCAAAGCAGGCAGCGAGAUUCUCGUGACGGCCCACGCGGAGGACACGAACUUGCCAGUUCCAGAGACUCCAAAGAGAAAAGUCAUCGUGGUCGGUGCUGGCAUCUCGGGUCUGCGCGCUGCGUCCGUUCUGCAGCGCCAUGGGCUGGAAGUGGUCGUCCUGGAAGGUCGCGAUCGUAUCGGCGGCCGUAUCUGCACCACUCGACCGGAAGGAAAGCCAGCGCGGGACAUUGGUGCGGCUUGGAUGCACGAGACGUCGCAGAACAAGCUCGUGAAAUUGAUUCCGAAACUUGGCAUUGAAUACUACUAUGAUGACGGUGCCCCCCUAUACUAUACCUCGCAUGGCCGUGCGGGUGCCCAGUUCAAGGCCAAAAAAGUGGCCGACGAGUUCGCGGACUACGUGGACUGGUACUACACGGCCAAUCCCGAUGCCGAGGACAAGUCGGUGGACGACUUUGUGCAAGAGUUUGUCAACCAACACGAGCUGAUUAAUGACGAUGAACGGCUCUGGGCUCCGCAGGCCGUGAAAGAAGUCGAGCAGUGGCUUGGUACCAGCACGUCCCAAGCUUCCUCUAAGUAUCUGAGCUACUUUGUGACCGAACGCAACAUGUAUAUGAAAGGCGGCUAUGACUCUAUCGUCAACUGGACUGCCGAAUCCUUGCGCAAGAGUCCAAACACCAUCCAGCUCAACCAGCUGGUGACCCAUGUGAAUUGGAGCGAGACUGGCCUUAACCCGGUCAGUGUGCGAUGCAAGGGUCCGAAUGACGAGGUGCAGACCAUCAUCGGGGAUGCCAUCGUCAUCACCACUCCCUUGGGCACCUUCCACCACGAGCUCAUCUCAUUCGACCCUCCUCUUCCUAAGGAUAUUCAGAAUGGAAUUAACAAUCUCAGCUAUGGAGCUUUGGGGAAAGUAUUCUUCGAGUUCAGUGAGGUGUUCUGGUCGAAAAACAAUGAUCAGUUCAUCUACUAUCCCUCUCCUGGGCAAAACGCCACCAACAAUGUGGAAAAUGGGUCAUCUGCCUCAUCCCACGAUUCCAGCGGCUACAAUAGCGUGGAUAACAUCCUCAACCACGCAACAGUAACGGUUAAUUUGACCAUGGUCGCCGACAGCAAGGAGCUCUGUGUCCAAAUCGUGGAGCCGCUGACCCAACGUGUUGAGGCCAUGACGGACAAGAAUGAACUGUACAAAUUCUUUGAACCUCUCUUCUUGCUCUUACGAACUGAGCCAUAUAAGGCACUACCGGGUCUCGUGAACAUCGAGACUACUCGUUGGACCCAGGAUCCCCUAGCUGGCUUUGGGACUUACUCCAUCGAGAAGGUCGGAGACAACCCCUACCUUUUGCUUGAUGCCUUGAAGAACCACAAAGAUAGCCGACUGCAAUUUGCCGGGGAGCAUUUGAUCAGUGCAGGCGGCGGGUGUGUUCAUGGUGCAUUUGCGAGCGGCGAAGAAGCUGCCAUAAAGUUGCUAAAUCCUUUGGGUAUUCGAUAUGACGGCGGAGAUCUGGUCAGCAUCAACAAAGUCCCGUGA